ACGCUACACAUCGCAUCGCUCCUGCUUUAAACCCUUCAAAUUUUCUCUAUUCUUAUCAAAUCCAGGCCAGACUCCGUUCUCAGUUAUAUUUCCAUCCAUCUUUGGCACUUGAAUUCAUGGCGUCUUCUUCAUCAUCCCACAAACUUUCUUUCAGUGAAGCUGAAAGCGAAACGUUCACUGCAUCGUCAUGUGAUGCAUUCAUCAACUGCGGCUCUGACGUGAAAGAUACGUUGGCUUUCGCACUUAAAGUUUCACUCGAGGAAAAAGGAUUUUCGACGUUUCUUGAUGAUCAAGAAUUACAAGCAGGAGAUUUAAUUAAGCCUGUCAUAGAUAAAGCCAUGUACUCUUCUAAAGUGCAAAUCGCCAUAUUCUCACCAGGAUAUGCGCACUCCCCUUGGUGUCUACAUGAGCUGGUUAACAUGUUGCAAACCAAGGCUCUGUUUAUCCCUGUAUUUUGUGAUGUCAAGCCUUCUGAAAUUCGCUACCCUCGCAAGGGAGUUUAUGCAGCUGCAUUCGCUAAGCAUGAAAAAAAGGAGUUCUUCAGCGACCAGGAGAUUCGGCGGUGGGAGGCAGCCCUUCACUAUUCUUCAAUCAUCUCUGGCUACAAAUUCAGCACAUCUAAUGAUAAUGUGGAGAAGCUGUGUUUAAAGAUUGCCUUUGCUGUGCAACAAAAUAGUGGAAAUACAUUUAAGGGCUUCCCAAAAUAUGUAGAAGAUGCCAAACAUUCAGCACAGGUGAAGAAACCUAGACUUCUGCCCAGAGAUUCACAUAAAGAAAUGUUCACUGAAUCCAAAAAAAAAUAUGAUGCAUUCAUCAACCACCGAGGCUUCGACGUGGGAGAAACUGUGGCUUUUGCACUUUACGAUUCACUCGAGGAAAUGGGAUUUUCGACAUUUCUUGAAGAUGUAAAAUUAGAAUUGGGAGAUUCAAUUGAGUGUUCCACACGAAAUGCCAUAUGCUCUUCCAGUGUGCAUAUCGCCAUCUUCACACCACGAUAUGCGGAGUCCCCUAGGUCUCUAAAUCAGCUGGUGGACAUGUUGAAAAUCAAGGCUUUGUUUAUUCCGGUUUUUUGUGAUGUCAAGCCUUCUGACCUUCGCUAUCUUGACAAGGGACUUUAUGCAGCUGUAUUCGCUAAGCAUGAAGAAAAGGGGAGAUUCAGCAACGAGAAGAUUCACCAGUGGAAAGAAGCCCUUCACUCUUCUUCAAUCAUCUCUGGCUACGAAUUCAGCACAUCUAAUGAUAAUGUGGAGAUGCUGUGUUCAAAGAUUGUCUUGGCUGUGCAACAAAAUAGUAUAAAUACAUUUAAGGGCUUCCCAAAAUAUGUGGAAGAUGCCAAACAUUCAGAGACAUCAGCACAGUGGAAGAAAUCUAGAAUUCUACCCAGAGAUUCACAUCCAGUGGGCAUCGACUCCAAAGUUGAAGACAUGGUAGGAUUGUUGGAAAAGCCAGAAGAUCGAGUUAUAGCCGUCGUUGGUAUGGGCGGCUUGGGGAAGACAUUUCUUCUCCAGCAUGUCUACAGAGCCUUAAAAUCUAGGUACCAUCAUUCUAUUUGGCUCUCUAUUUCUAAAUUUCAUUCUGUCGAGAAAUUGCAAAAUGAUAUAGCCUUCCAGAUAGGUGCAAAAUUAAUCGUGGAUGGUGCCAUAUCUCAAGAGACAGCGGCUGGAAUGAUUCGUGGCUGUCUGGAAGGGAAAAGAUGUCUAAUUGUGCUGGAAGAUCUAUGGACAUUCUCGACAGAAGAUAAUCUCUUACACAAACUUGGUCUGCCAGCUGAUAAAGAUUGUAAAGUUGUGGUGAGCACAAGAAAUAAGGAGGUUGCUAUAAAUUCAAGGGCUAGAAUUUACGAGAUGAAAAAUUUGUCAGAUGAAGAAAGCUGGAGGUUGUUUUGUGCCUUUGCAUUCCCAGAAUGUGAAGGAAAUAGAGCACUGCCGCACAUUGAAGAGGAAGGUCGGAAAUUGUACAUCAAUGUGGAAAUUUACCUCUGGCUAUCAAAACGACAGCAGCAUCUCUGGCCAACACUAGACUUCUCAGCGAAUGGGAAUACAUGCGUCAUCAGCUCAGAAGGGCAGUUACCCCAAUUGGUGAGCGUGACCAUGUCAUGGGUAUAUUAAAACUUUGUUACGAUUGCUUACCAGCACAUCUUAAAACCUGUUUUGCUUAUUUUUCUUUCUUCCCUGAGCAUGAGAACAUAAACUGUGAAUUUUUGGUAUAUCUAUGGAUGGUAGAGGGAUUCGUCCCAGCAGGAGAUGAGCAGUGGGAUAUGGCCUGGGAUUGGUUAUAUCAACUUGCCGAGCUGUGUCUGCUUCAACUAUGGGAAGAUGUGAAAGAGUAUGAUGCUACUGAUCAAAUAAAGUUCAGCAAAUAUUGUAAAAUUCAUGAUGUGUUGCAUGAUUUGGCCAUACACAUAUCGAGAGAAAAUAAAUGUGCUUUUUCUGUUGAGGAA